UGUGUGUCUGUUUUGUGUGUUGUCAGUUUUGUGUGUCGUCAGUUUCAGUGCUGACUGAGAGCAGAUCAGUUCCAGUCCCAGCUCCUCACAUUCCACCACUGCAGCCCCUUGUGACUCGUCCUGUCACCUUUGUUAUAUAGUGAGGAGAAACGGGGCAAUAAUUGCAGACGAGGAGGGGGGAUGUGUGUGUGAUCCUGACUUGGGCACAAUUAGACCAAAGCCCAAUACUAAUUAUACACGCGCCAUUUAUUAUAUGUGUGUGGGGCCCUGAGACAACAUCAACCUGGUGUGGCCUGUCCACCCCAGUCCAGCGCUGUUCAAUAACAACCAGUAAACAGUCAAACUCAUCAGACACAUCCCUUUAACUGACACUCAAAUCCCAUUUGUCUCUAAUCUGGUGCCCACGUGUGACUGACCCUGCACUGCCAGCUCUCCUGAUUAGCAUCUGCCCACCAGCAACAUGGCCGUGUCUGUGCAGUAGGGACAACUCUGACACACAAUCAUUUCAUUGGUCUCAAACCAAACAAGCUCAUUGGCUGAAGGGCGGAGCUGCCUUCCCAGGGGGAGGAGUGAGAUCUUUGUGCUUCUCUCUGUACCCAGACCUGAUAGAGGGAAAGGCUGAACCUUCCUGUAACUACUUCCUGUUUCCUGUGUCCCUGGCCUGCUGGGUUCUCCAGAGAUGGAAACAAGGAGGUUAGAGGGGAAAUGGGAGAAUGAAGAGCCGGACACUGAGGAUCCUCUGGACACAAUAAAGAGGGAAAUGGAUCCCGUUCCUGGGGCCGCUUCCCCAUUGGCUGAAUCAGAAAUAUUACAGAUAAAGAAAGUGAAAGAAGAAGCGGAGACUGAAGAUGAUCAAACCCCAAUUAAAAGCUCAGCAGCUCUACUAUCUGGUUUGGGUGGGAACAUGAAGGCUGAGCACAGUUCUGAACUGCCCAAACCAGAGACUGACUGGGAGUCCGGCACAAGAUCUGGCGAUUGCUUAACAAGACUCGAUGGUUUUAUCUGCUAUAAAUGUGGUGAAACCUUCACUGUGAAUAGUCAUCUUCUCAGCCACCUCUGUGGGAAACACGAGAGAAUCCACUCCAGAGAGAAACUAUACAGCUGUUCAGAUUGUGGGAAAAAAUUUUCUUUAUUCCCUAGUUUGGUUACACACAAGAGAAUCCACGCAGGGGAGAAACCUUUCACCUGUACAGAAUGUGGGAAAACUUUUAAGAAAAAGCACUACCUUCUCAGACACCAGAAAAUCCACACAAAACAAUUUGCCUGUACAGAAUGUUCGGAAAGCUUUACUACAGAGAGAAGACUCCAAAUUCACCAAAUGAUUCACAUGGGAAAGGACCUAUUCACCUGUACAGAAUGUGGGAAAAGCUUUAGUGCAAAGUCCACCCUUCACGCACAUGAAAGAACUCACACCGGGGAGAAACCAUUCACCUGUAGAGAAUGCGGGAAAAGUUUCACUGCAACUCAAUCCCUUCGCAUACAUGAAAAAACUCACACCGGGGUGAAACCAUUCACCUGUAAAAAAUGUGGGAAAUGUUUUUAUGAACGGUGCCAUGUAAUGAAGCACAAAUGCAAGCCCUAUGCAUGUAGUGAAUGUCAACUAAUGUUUCCGGACAUGGAAAAGCUUCGCGCACAUCAGGCAAUUCAUUCGAACGAGAAAGCUCCCAAAUGUAAAGUAUGUGGGAAAUGUUUUACUCGCAAAACCGCUCUUACAAAUCACGAGAGAGUUCACACAGGGGAGAAACCAUUCACUUGUACAGAAUGUGAUAAAAGUUUUUCUUACUAUUCUGGUUUGGAUAGACACAUCAUAAAAAAGCACAGAGAGGACAAACCUUUCACCUCUUUAGAAUGUAGUGAGAAUGUUUCUUUAAAAGGCACUGCUAAAAUACCGUUCACCUGCACAGAAUGUGGGAAAAUAUAUACUCAAGAGGCAAAACUUAAAAUUCACCAAAGAAUUCACACUGGAGAGAAACCCUUCAUCUGCACAGAAUGUGGGAAAGGUUUUACUGCAAAGAGCUCCCUUCAAAACCAUCUGAGAUUUCACGCCGGAGAAAAAGAAUUAAGCUGUACAGAAUGUGGGAAGUGUUUUCCUAGAAAGUGGCAACUUCGUGUUCACCAGAGAACUCAUUCCAGAGAGAAACCAUUCACCUGUACAGAAUGUGGCAAAUGUUUUACUACAAAGUCGCAUCUACGCACACACCAGAAUAUUCACACAGGGGAGAAUCUUUUCACCUGUACACAUUGUUGGAAAUGUUUUACUGAAAAGCGCGCCCUUCUCAAACAUGAACUAAUUCACACUAGAAAGAGGCCAUUCACUUGUACAUGUGGAAAAGGUUUUUCUUCAAAAUACGCAUUUCACGCACACAAACAAAGUCAUAAUAAAAAUAAACCAUUCACCUGUACAGAAUGUGGUAAAAGUUUUACUGCAAAAGGAAGCCUUGAAAUACACAAAAGAACUCACACUGGGGAGAAACCAUUCACCUGUACAGAAUGUGGGAAAUGUUUUUCUGAAAAGAGCUCCCUUAAAUGCCACCACAGAACUCACACUGGUGAGAAACCAUUUGUUUGUACCGAAUGUGGGAAAAGUUUUACUGACAAAAGCAGACUUCGAAAGCACCAAAGAAUUCACACUGGUGAGAAACCAUUCACCUGUACAGAAUGUGGGAAAAGUUUUUCUUUUCAGAGCAGCCUUAACCGCCACUACAAAUCUCACACUGGAGAGAGACCAUUCGUUUGUACAGAAUGUGGGAAAACUUUUACUGACAAAAGUAGACUUCGAGCGCACCAAAGAAUUCACACUGGUGAGAAACCAUUCACCUGUACAGAUUGUGGGAAAUGUUUUUCUGCAAAGAGCAUCCUUAACCGCCACCGCCAAACAAUUCACAACAGAGAGAAACCAUUCAUUUGUACAGAAUGCGGAAAAGGAUUUACUUCCAAGUAUCGCCUUCAUUUACACAAAAAAAUUCACACUAGAGAGAAACCAUUCAUUUGUACAGAAUGUGGAAAAGGAUUUACUUCAAAGCAUUACCUUUGUGUCCAUAAAAAAACUCACACUAGAGAGAAACCAUUCACCUCUACAGAAUGAUUUUCUUUGAAAACUACCCUUUUCUGAACAGGAGAUAAGUGAUACAAUUAAGUCGCUUGACUUAACCAUGACUACAAAAUAUUUACUAAAUUGCUGGCCUGCCGAUUGCAGAAUAUUCUUCCUGACCUUAUAAUACCGGAACCACUCGGCUUCACACGCAAUAGGCAAUCUGUAAAAGCAAUACGCUCCGCUAUUGCAGCCAUAAUCACUGAGUCCCAGAAGCAAAACUCACAAACACUUUUGCUUAACCUGGAUGCCGAUUAGGUGUUUGAUAGUGUGUUUCAUUCGCAUUUGAUUAGAUUAGUUAAAUUCAGGCAUUUUGGACCUCUCUUUAUAAAAGCCGUUACACUGUUAUACCGCCCCUCUCAGGCUACAGUUUAUGUUAAUGAAUAUCUCCACUCGCUCUUGCAAGAGGUACCGGACAGGGCUGUCCACUUUCACCAUUACUGUUUACUGCGCUGGAUCCCUUCUUGCGGAUACUGCUUACCUCCCCAGCACUCCAGGGGAUACAGGUUGGUACACAGCAACUUUGCGGAUGAUAUAUUGAUAUUCAUGACCAACCCGUCAGUGGCGAUUCCUCACCUUAUAUCUAGUAUUGAAACCUUUGGGAGGGUGGCGGGAUUUCAAGUGAACCUGGCUAAAACGAUAGCUUUGCCCCUCAAUCCCCUUCUGAAAAACACCUGGCAAGGCCAUUUUCCAUUUAAGUGGGCCACUGAGGCAAUACAAUUUCUGGGCGUUUUGACCCCCCCACAAAUCCACACACUGUAUACUUUGAAUAUCUCCCCCUUGAUUACCAAACUGACCCACGAACUUAAUGCAUGGUCCAAAUUACCACUGAAUUAUUUAGGAAAAUGUCAUUUAAUUAAGAUGAUAUGGUUCCCUCGUUUGUUGUAUUUUUUGCAAAUGCUCCCACUAUUUCUUACCCGUAAAGAUCUGACUAGGUUGAACACAGCGCUUAGUCAAUUUAUCUGGGGUGGUAAACAUUCUGGGAUCAGCAGAAAUAAACUCCAGCAGCUCAAGUCCCAGGGUGGGAUAAAUCUCCCAGAUAUUCAGACAUAUAACUUGGCUUGCGGCAGACUGGGUCAACAAUAGAGAGUUUUGUGCACUGCCUUCUUUAGAACAGGCUUUUAUACCAAAUAUCUCUCUGGCCUCUCUUUUACAUAUAAGGGAGGGACAAAUACCACAGAUAAUUAAGGAUAAUCCACGGCUAUAUACCACAAUUAGAGCCUGGCGAGCAGCACGUCUAUUUCUCCCUCUUUGUCCCCUUUCCUACCUUUUCUAGGCAAUCCACAAUUUUUGAAUAAUUACAAUGGAUUUCCAUUUCAAGCUUGGGCAGUACAGGGGCUCACGCAAAUCAGACAUUUUAUGCAGACCCCAAUGAUUCCUUAUUCAUUAGCAGAACUUAAAGAACGAUAUCCCCUGGUGGCCUGGGACUUUUUCUCUUACAAGCUAGACACUAUACGCAGGUAGUGAGUCGUGCCAUUGCAGUUCAGGAAGUCGACAAUGCAAUUGAUAAUCUAUUUCGGUCUGCUACAAUACGACCUUCUAUGUCUCUGCUGUAUAGAACUUUAAAAGCUCCAUUGUCAGACAGGGACUUUGAGAGAGGGGUGUAGGGAAAUGGUUACAACAAAUCCCAGACCUUACGCGAGAUAAACUAUUUACCUUGCAUGUCAAAUCUCUGUCAGUGCUUAUUUCAAAUCAUUUCCAUGUAAUGUUUUUGAAUAUAUGGCUUAGAGGGUAUUUUUCCCCUGAGUUACGAAAACGAGUGGGUUGGUCUGAGUCAGAUGCCUGUCCAAAGUGCCAGGCCCAGAAAGCAGACAUUUAAUCAUUGCCUCUGGUCCUGUCCUCGGAUUACACCAUUUUGGAAUGAAUUUAUCCGCUAUUGUAAACGAACACUGCAUAUCAAUAUAAGUCUCACUCCACUCUGGGUUAUCUUUGGCGAUACAACAAAAGUUUCAAAGAUAGACAAGAAACUAGCAAACAUUGUUUCAGCAGUUAGCAGAAAAGCCAUAUUACACCGUUGGAUCUCCAACCUGCCUCCUUCAUUAGACAUGAUGCUCGUGAAACCCGAUUUUGCUUACCGUAUGGAUUGGCUGGAGGCCGCUCUCAAUAAGGAGGGUAGGGUGACAACCUUUUUUGCUACUUGGUCCAAAUAUGUACAAACACUACCCCCUACCAGACAACUAGAAAUCUCCUACGUAUUUCGGCUCACCACUUGGUACAUGUCUGAGGAGCAAGCGGGGAGGGAGCCUUUAAGGUCAUUGCGACUAUAAGGAAACACUUGGGAUGGCCCUGAUAACCUUUUCCCUGACAGGCUGAGGUGAAAUGAUGGGGAGGGGGUCCGGGGAAGGCUUGUAUUGUAAUUUAUUCAUUGUUAAGGGCAAGGGAGCAAAUUCUGUAUGUUCUUGUUUGCUGGGGGGGUCGAAAAAUGUGUGCAGAGCACCCCCUGCCUUUUUGUCCUACCCUAUUCCUGAGGGCAUUGGCAUGUUUCAUUUUGAUAUUCUGUAAUGUUUGUUUGGUGCAAAUAAAGACAUUUAAAAAAAAAAAAAAACUACCCUUUACAAAGACACAAGAGAUGUUUGAGAGGAACCUUAUAUGGGUCGCUGAUGUGGUAAAUAAAAAAGUGCUAGAGCAUCA